AUGGAGAAGAUGCGGGAGGGUUUACAGCGACGAGCUCGUCGUAUGCAAGAAAAUUUGCAGCAGUCCGUAGGAUUGUCUGAGAAGAAAGACGAGCUGCAAAGUGUAAGUCAUGUCGAACAAAGGAACCAAAAAAUUAUUUUAGCGGUAAAAAACACGCGACAAAAUUUGCAGAACUGUAUAAGAAGCGUCAAUAGGGAAGAAGCCAUUGAUAAGCGCAAGAGACGAUUGGAUGAAUUUGGUCUUUGGCAACAGCUACUUACGGAUGCGAAAGAGUUGGAAAAUGUUUAUCCGCGUUCGCAGCCAUCUGUUCUUGCUGAUACACUGAAGCUAUAUGGCGACGCUAUGGGUGUAAUUCUUGAAGAACGGGUCCUGACAGAUCAGUUAAUUGAGAAAAGUGUUCUGGAUGCUUUCGGGAAGUAUAUGGACGAUGACAAAAUAUUAUCGAAAGCGAAAGAAAAACUAGCGCGUACAGUUGUUGAUGUUGAAGUUAGCAGGAAACGUAAGCAGGGAAAUCAUGAUGAGUCAAAGGCACAAGAAAUUCAGGAUGAAUAUGAUGGAUUACAGCUUAAAUUAGAAUCUUAUAAGGACAAUAUUUUUACGGAUAUUUUCAUACUGCUAUCAAGGGAAGCUGAAAUUGCUGGUAUUUAUAAAGAAUUGAUUACUGCACAAAUGGAAUAUCAUCGGACAGCCUUGCAGAAACUCGAAAACAUCUUACCUGAAAUCGAUAGGAAAAUCGCUUCGUAUCCUAAUCGCCCUGUCUUUGGAUGUCACCUCGAAGAUCAUUUACGUUGCUCCAAUCGUUCGGUGGCUUUGGUUCUUGAAGUGUGUUGUUCUAUUCUGAAUUACCAAGGUUUCCAGGAGAAGGGUCUUUUUCGAGUCAGCGGUAAUAACAAUCGAAUCAGGCGCCUCAAAGCAGCAUUUGAUGCCCAUCAAAUAAAUAGUAGCUCACUGGAAAUUGCUGAAUAUAUCAAUGAUCCUCAUUCAGUUUGUUCAGUCUUAAAAUGCUAUCUUCGUGAACUUCCUGAACCAUUAAUGACGCAUGCUCUUCACUCAGAAUGGGUUUUCAUUGCCAAGAGAGAUCCGGAUUAUCGGAAGGAAGCUAUAUAUCGACUUCUCCCUUCGAUGCCAGAAGCAAAUCGAUACAAUCUUGCCUAUUUAAUCAAAUUUUUGAACUUGAUAUUGGAUUAUGAAGAAUAUACGAAAAUGAGUGUAGGCAAUUUAUCGAUCGUUUUCGGUCCGAACUUGAUUGAUGCUGGUAAUGGUACUGAAUCAGAGAAUAUACUCGGUUCAAAAUUGGUGGAAACAUUAAUAGUCAAUGCCAAUUUUUUCUUCCCGAACUAUAACUUCGACUACACAUCACCACUGCUUGAUUCAUUUCUGCAACGAAAAUCUGAUAUAAUAAAUAGCUUUGGAAGUGGUGAUCGCAUGGCCGCACGUGGUACACAAGGACAACAGUAUAUUGGUUUUCGCCAUGCACAAAGCAACAACAGUUCUUGUAAGAAUUCAGUGCAGUUGCGCAAUACAACCUCAGUACUACAACAAACAUCGCAACCACUAUCAGCUUCUUCCACUUUACGUUCCCGUCCCAAGUGGCCAGCACCACCGCCACCUGUUGUGGGUUAUUCAAAUUGUAACAGCAAUAGCAAUAAUUGUACUACUAAUCAUUCGAAUCUUUGCAAUGAUAGCAUAGAAGAGAUGUCGUCUAGCUUAGAAAAUUUGAAUAAUUUUAUUAGUAAAAGUCCAUCAGUUGCAUCCAGUGAUUCGAUGGCUGAAUAUGGCUGUACAACUAAUGUUGAAAUAUGUGAUAAUUUUGCUUCCCAACAAAUGACUCGUUCCUAUCACGAAACAACUCGGCCAUUACGUCCACCGCCACCACGUAAUGUGGGGCGAUCGUCUACACCGGAUGGAGGAUUUCAGACUUUUACUAUUGAUCCAGUAGAGCAUGAUAACUCACAAGAGGUUGCUAAAAUGUUACAACCUGAUCUUCUGCGAAGCCGAAAUUCAGUCGAGAUUUGUCGUAAUGCACCUGUUCCAGUUGCUUGUACAAAAGACAAUCGUACUGUGGUACAUUUGGAUACUGAUGCAUGUCACCAGCAUGCUGGAACACUAUCUGGAGCUGAAAGCUAUAAUACAUUGCCUAAACCCCCUUUACCUUAUAAACCGAAAUCAAUAAUCGAUUUAAACAGACCAAACGAGAUCACUAAGCUUUAGUUUUUUAUUUUUUUACCGUCACUUUGUUCACAAUUUUUAUAUGCACAUGUUGACGUGAAGUAG